UCGAGACCAUAGAAUCACACCCUCAUGUACCAAGUCACAAAGUGAAUAUACUUAUGGACUAUUGACCAUGCAAGCCUAAAGCCUUCCCUUUAUAUUCUCCUCACUUCCUUUAUCUCCCUGCGCACUUCUCACCCGUUUUCUCAAGCUCCUGCCUCAGACCAAGCAGCACAACUCUCUCUCUCUCUCUCUCUCUCUCCCUAGUAUUAGACAAAGAUGGCUUCAAACCCUUCAGCCUUCCUGAAAGAGAACUUUAUAUUUCACAGGAUCAUUCUAGUCUUGCUCCUAAGUUGCACACCCGAUAGCACCAACCUUUCUUAUGAUUCUUCUCCUUCCCAGGAAAGUUCUCCUCUCUCGGUUCCUUCAAAACCUUUACUGAGAACGCUUCCCCUAGAUGGACACUUCAAUUUUGAGGACAUCCAAUACGCAGCAAAGGACUUUGGUGGUAGGUACCACAAUCUACCUUUUGCAGUCCUCCAUCCGAAAUCAGUUUCCGAUAUCUCGUCGACCAUAAAAUACGUUUUCAAAUUGGGGUCUGCUUCAGGGCUGACCGUUGCUGCUAGAGGCCACGGUCACUCCCUCCAAGGCCAGUCCCAAGCCCCCAAUGGGGUGGUCAUCCACAUGGAAUCGCUGCGACUGCCAAAGAUGCGAGUUCACAAUGGGGGGUCUCCCUAUGUGGAUGUUUCAGGUGGUGAGCUAUGGAUAAACAUUCUGCACGAGACUCUCAAAUAUGGUCUUGCACCGAAAUCAUGGACCGAUUACCUGCAUCUCACCGUGGGAGGCACUUUGUCUAAUGCCGGAAUAGGCGGGCAAGCAUUCCGGCACGGGCCUCAAAUCGACAACAUCUAUGAGCUAGAAGUGAUCACAGGAAAAGGAGAAGUGAUUACCUGUUCGGGGAAGCAAAACGCUGAUCUCUUCCAUGCCGUUUUAGGAGGUCUAGGACAAUUUGGCAUCAUCACCAGGGCCAAAAUAUCUCUAGGACCCGCACCAGAAAGGGUUAAGUGGAUUAGAAUGCUCUACCAUGACUUCUCCAUGUUCUCCAGGGAUCAAGAGCAUCUCAUAUCUCGCAAGAUUACCUUUGACUACAUUGAAGGAUUUGUCAAUAUCAACAAAACAGGCAUCCUGCAUAAAUGGAGAUCUUCCUUCACACCAAGUGAUCCACUUCAAGCCAGCCUGUUCAAAUCCGAAGGGAAAGUCCUAUAUUGUCUUGAGGUGGCACUGUACUUCAAUCCCCACGAAUCCAAUGUAAUCAGCAAGAGAGUCAAUGAGCUGCUUUCUGAACUGGGUUAUAUACGUUCGACGCUGGUCAUGUCGGAGGUUUCUCUCGUGGAAUUCCUGGACAGAGUGCACCUGUCCGAGAUGAAACUCCGAGCAAAAGGAUUAUGGGAUGUUCCACAUCCAUGGCUCAAUCUUCUUGUUCCAAAAAGGAAGAUUGGUGACUUCGCUAAAGAAGUCUUUGGCAAUAUUCUGACAGACAACAGCAAUGGCCCUAUCCUCAUCUACCCAUUGAACAAGUCAAAAUGGAACAACAAAACCUUCUUGGUCACCCCAGAUGAAGAUAUCUUCUACAUGGUGGCAUUCCUGCCGUCUGCAAUGCCAUCAGCUUCAGGAACGGAAAGCCUAGAACGCAUUUUAGCCCAGAAUGAGAGGAUCAAAAGUUUCUGCUCCACAAUGCUUCCUGAAGUAAAGCAAUACCUUUCCCAUUAUAGCACCCAAGAAGAAUGGCAAAGUCACUUCGGCCCUCAGUGGGAAGUGUUUGUCCAGAGGAAAUUGGAGUAUGACCCUCUGGCUAUUCUUGCUCCAGGACAGAGAAUCUUCCCAAGGACAAGCGCCAAAAGGACAGUGGCCCGUGUACAAGUCACGUAAAGUGAACACUGGGAGCAUCUUCCAGACUCGUAU